GUGAUUGUUUUCAAGGGGAGGCCACAUCAUCUGUCACAGUUGUCUCCUCUUGCCAGCUCACGGACAACUCUUGACACAGGCAUUCAUGUCCCGGUCUGAGUUUACCUGGGAGACAGGUACAGGUACAACUGGAGGAGAAAUUGUUUUAGAUAGAUUAGAUGUAAUAAUUGUGAUGCCACGCACUUGUUCUUAAUGGACAGUUGACACAUUGAAGCAUUUCAUGGAAUAGCCAUUGUCCAGCCACUCUGACCACAAUAGCCACAAUGACUACUUUAGGAUGUCCGUCUCUGAAGGACACAGGCCUGGAGCUGUCCACAUUAAAUACGACUGUUAACACAACGGUCAAACUUGGCUGUAGCAAAUUUGGUAAUCGACCGACAGAUUCGAUAGUGGAGCUGACAUGCCUUAGUACAGGAAACUGGAGCCACUCGAUACCUACAUGUGAAUGGUCCUGGGACUUGAACACGAACGAGAAGGUUAUCUUCGGAACGUCCGUUGCUGCAGGUGCUUUCAUUAUUGUUAUAUUGGUGGCCAUCUUGGUGGCCUACUUUUGCUGCUAUAAAAAGAAACUGAACAACAACGAAGAAAAGCUGUAUGAGUCCAGCUACCAUGGGUCAAGUCCACGUAACGGCUAUGAUGGUCCGUACAGCGAGAGAGACUCGUAUCCCGUCACGUAUUUAGCGUACCAAGACAUCAAUGACGGGAAGUAUGACGGCUAUGUCAACACGGGCACUUUGGACAAGCCUUGGUUAGGAUACAUUCCAAGACCUAAAGUAACAGGAGCUAAUUUAUACAACUGACCUUUGACACGGGCACAAAACUUACUUUUAGUUCUGAACGAAAAAAGAAAGAACUCUUCCAAGCCUUGAAAUAUGGAUUCAUUCCCUUUAUCUAUUUUUAUUCCAGGAAGCGUGACCUACAGAUAGAAAACAUAUGAACAACUCAAAUUUGUCUUUGAUUUUUAUAUAUUUAUAGGUCUUAUUGCUAUAAACAACUAUGAACAACUAAACUAUCACUGCAACCUAGUAGAUAGUAAUGAAACAUUUUAAAUUGAUCUCAUCUAUCUCACAUCUACAGCUAUGAAAGAAAGGCAAAAAAAUAUCGCAAGGGACAUAAUCACAGACAAUGUCAUGUUUACAUCAGUUACUCUUCUUGUUUCUUCGUAUUUAAAUUGAUAAACAUUGUGAGUCAUAGUUGCAGAAAUUAUUUUGACUUGGCAGUUGACCAGUUGUUUUCUUUUCCUUUUUGUUAAAUCAGGCCUAAAUACCGAUCACUGGAAUGUUGACAUAUCUGGUAUUUUUAUAUGUUGUAAAUAUAAAUGUAUAAAUAAAUUCGCGUGAUCUGCAUUUAUAAUUUAAUUCAGUAGUCUCUGCGAGCUGGGUUUAUUUACCUAAAUAAGGUAAAGCUGGUAUUCGUUGGAGCACUUAUAAUUGGCACUAGAGAUUCUAUUGUACAAAUCAUUUCUUGAGACAAGUAGCCUAAAGGUCUUAUUACUAACUAGAGGCUUUUGAUCUUGACUUGUCCUACAUAGUUAUGCCAGUUGCUAUCCAAAUGGGCUUUUUUUUUUUUUGGACUGUAUUGUCACAUUUCAUGACUCACAGUUUAUAAAGUCGUAAUUUUUUUAAAAGCUUUUAAUUAGUGCAUCUUUCAAGUUCGCUAGGAUUCAGUUGUUGUUGUUUUUUUUUAGAUGUGGGUAGAAAGGGGGGGGGGGGAUAUCUGUCACCUAGCAACCACAGCUCUGCUCGAGGAGGGAUGCGAGCUCCAUGCUCUGUGAUAGUUAGCCCAAGCGGUUUAUGACAACUUAGCCACACAUUCCAAUUUGAAAAUCUCAGGAGAGAUCUAGAUGGAAGGAUGUGUUGAAGUAAGCCAGAGCUCUCCGAGGGCAGUUGUACAAUAUUUACAGUACAGCAAUUCCGAAAAUUGUCGCGAAUACUUUUUUUUUCUUCAUAAAUACAUUAAGUUGUAAAUAAUUGAAUGUCUUGACUUUUACGAUAAACAAUUCAUUAGGCAUAUUAUAAUUACUUUAAGAGUUUAAAGUUCGUGACCUCAUUUAAUCUUGAAUACUAAUCAUUUAUGUUCACUUUUACUUUAAUUUCAAAUAAAGGAAACAAUAAAACUAAAAAAAAAAAACAACUCACUUAGAAAUUAAGAAUAGCAACUCUUUUAAAAUGGCAUCUAGGAGUUAGUGACUAAUUUUAAACCUAAAGCUAGGAGGGGAAAAUUUCAGAAAUUCUCUUUAAUAUUCAAGUCAUUUAAAUAACAUCAUUCACUUAAAAUAUAAUAAUUAUACAAAUAACAUCUGGCAGUGACAGAGAAUGAUAACUCGUUCGUUUCUUAGAAUAAAAAUAGAAUAUCUGUUAGAUCUAGGCUUUUAGCCUAAAUGUUCUGAGUCUGUGCUACAGACCAUUGCAUCUCUAUCUCUAUAAGAAAUAAAACUGGCCAUGUGCUUUGAUGUGUAAUGGCUUAGUUUACAGCAUACUUUUUAAUCUAACAAAAAUGUUUCUUAUUUCAUCAAAUAUCAGCAUUUUGGUCAUGUAACUCAGCUUAAGGUCACGUGAUAAAGUAACGUUACCCUUUUAGACCUUGUGAUGUACAGGGCAGGUGAUGUAAAGGUCAUCUGUUUCUGUGGACCACUGUUAACGAAGGUGUCUUGUGGCCAGCACCACGACCAACCAGCUUUACUUUUCCCCAGCUAUUGUCAGAGCUGGGUGAUGGAGGCGCUGGGGAUAGUGGUGCCGUCUGUGACUGUGUUGUGGGCGCCAUGAAGAUCCCGGAAUAAAAAAAAUCCCACUUCAUCAGAAUUCAAACCCCGGACACCUACGUCGGUAGCCAAGCGCUUUAACACUCAUCCACCUCGCCUCCAAGGUCACGUGAUACCUUUUAAAUAUUCACAAAGAUUGAUCUGUUGUUUUGUGAGCUUAUAAGAUUCACGAUGUAACAAAAAAAAAUUCAUUAUUUAUAACAAUUUAGAUAUUUCACAUUAUUACUUCUGUUGUAUGAUAAUAAAAAUUUAUAAUUUUUUA